AAAGAAGAGAGAGAAACGGUGGGGGAUGGUUCUCCUUAAUCUGAACCAAUACAUACAUACAAUGCCAGUCUGUCACGUUCUUCUUCAUCUUCUCUCUCUCUCUAUAUAUAUAUAGGUAUCAUGUGUAUACAUACAUUCACCAUCCAUUCCUUCGCCUCUCUCGUUUCUCUUCCUGAAUAUAUAUUUCUCGAACAGAAACAGAGGCGAAUCAUUUCUGUUGGAAGAAAUACAGAGGAAACCCUAGGCCAACGCCUAGAGGUAGGUACUGAUUGAAUCAUGAGUUUGUUCGGCCUCGGAAGCAGAAAUCAGAAGACCUUUCGCCCUAAAAAGAAUGCUCCGUCAGGAAACAAGGGUGCACAGCUUCAAAAACAUAUUGAUGCUACCUUAGGUAGUGGUAACUUAAGGGAAGCUGUUCGUCUUCCUCCUGGUGAAGAUCUUAAUGAGUGGUUGGCUGUCAAUACUGUGGACUUGUUUAACCAAGUAAACAUUUUGUAUGGAACACUUACUGAGUUCUGCACGGCAUCCAGUUGUCCAUCAAUGACAGCAGGACCAAAGUAUGAGUAUAGAUGGGCUGAUGGAGUCACCAUAAAGAAACCCAUUGAGGUUUCAGCUCCAAAGUAUGUAGAGUAUUUGAUGGAUUGGAUUGAAGGCCAGCUUGAUGAUGAAUCAAUUUUCCCUCAAAAACUAGGUUCUCCAUUCCCGGGGAAUUUCCAGGAUGUAGUUAAGACAGUAUUCAAAAGAUUGUUUCGCGUUUAUGCUCACAUCUACCACUCACAUUUCCAGAAGAUUGUGAGUCUGCAGGAAGAAGCUCAUCUAAACACUUGCUUUAAACAUUUUGUUCUUUUCACCUGGGAGUUCCGGUUGAUAGAUAAGGGUGAGCUUGCACCUCUAUUCGAGCUGGUUGAAUCCAUUUUGCAGCUGUAAAAUGUAAAUCUCCCAUUCUUGUAACUAAGAACUCUCCAAGUUGUUCUAUUUGUUUUGUUUUUUUAUAAAUCUUUUAGGGACCCUAUGUAGUUUGUUUGCGUGUGAUAUCGAAGAUUUUCGUAUCUAAUCUGGGAGUAUGUGGUUGGCAAGUUGAGAAUAUUAGUAUCAAGUGUUUUGCAAAAAUAAGCAUAACGAAGAAAUUGGAUGCUUAACCAGAAAUAUUUUACCGGUCUUUUGUGAUUUGAAUUUUUUUUUUGUUCAA